AUGGCUUCCAUCUUCACUUACGAUCCCGACCCGCCACGGGUUUCGUCCCCAUGGUCGACCUCGGGAUCUUCCACCCCAGGUCAAAUCAAUCAGCCCAACCAAGCCAGCAGAAGUGGAUUGGCUAUCUGUACACAAUCGAGUUCCGCUCUGGACCGCGCCCCAGACUUUCUGUCUGACUAUGGCAUUACCAAGUUAGAGCCUGAACCUCAGGAGGGUCCUACAGAGUACAAACUGCACCUGCUGCUUCGUCCCCGCCGGCCUUACCUUUCCAUGUCGACGGGGAACGUGGUUGCAGGCUCGUACCACUCUCGUGUAUCCCCCACUCCAGCUUCGUACUCUGCAUCCCCGGCCCAUGAUGCAACUCCCCGCCCUAUGCAGGCCAAGUCGGCCCAGGGCCGCCAGCAACGGCUGCAGGGCCUGACCACGCAGCUCCUCUGGCGUUUGCAACAAUCGUCACCGUUUCACUCGUCCACGACAGCCAAUCUGGUUGUCCCUGUGCUCCCCGACACCACCCCGCAAUUAGGUGUCCCUUCCAAACCCGCCCGCCUGCUUCCGGGUCUGGAAGAGAGCCAGGGAGCAUUGUACGAGAUUGGCGUCGCCGAUGAUGGCACGUUCGUAGGUCUCACCGAGGACGAACUCGACGAGAGCGUCAACACCUUGCAGACCAUGGCUGCCAGUCUCGGGUGUAAGGUCGAGAUUCUGCGUCGAGUGAUCGUGGGCAAAUGCGAAUGGGCAGAGGACUCGCUGGUUGUGCCUCCAGACCCGAGCAAAUGCCAAAAAGAAAGCCUCUGGGUCGCGGAAGCGUUGGUCUCUCCGGACCUGGACUUUUACAACCUGUCCUCUGCCCGUGUGCAAAAGGCCUCUGCCGUUGACUCCAUGGCGGAUACUGGGGUUGAAUCAGCUGCAGAGGAAGACUCUUCCAACACUGCACAGAUUCGGAUAUCCAUCACUGGACCGAGUGCGUCUGGAAAGUCCUCUCUGCUGGGCACGUUGACUUCGUCGUCAUUGGAUAAUGGUAGAGGGAGCAGCCGACUCAGUUUGCUGAAACACCGCCACGAGAUCUCGUCUGGCAUCACCAGCUCCGUGGCUCAAGAGCUGAUUGGAUAUACGGGAGAUGUACCUCCCACGGUGGUCAAUUAUGCAUCUGGGAACGUGGCGGCGUGGGAUGACAUCCAUGCCGCGUCUCGUGGGGGUCGCUUAGCCUUUGUAUCGGAUCUUCCUGGUUCGGUUCGGUAUCUCAAAUCCACUUUGCGGGGACUAGUCAGCUGGGCUCCGCACUAUGUCAUGCUCUGUAUGCCCGCCAACUGCGGCGACGAGACGGCCGAUGCCGACUCUGGCGCCGAGUUUGCGGGCGAGAUCGACCGAUGCUUGGCAUAUCUGGAUCUUUGCUUGAAAUUGGAAGUCAACAUCAUCAUUGUAAUUACCAAACUUGAUGUCGCUUCUCGAGGUGGUUUACGUGAGAACCUCGCCAGGGUUUUGUCUGCUCUCAAAACCGCUGGCCGCAAGCCGGCGAUGCUUCCUGCGUCACCAACAGGAGAUAGAGUGCCUGAUCUGCAGCGGAUUAGCGCCUCCGACAGCAACGAAGUGCAAAAGAACAUCACCGCGGCGGACGGUCAUUGGCCCCGCACGGUGCCUAUCGUCCUCUCGAGUGCCGUCGAUGGUACUGGGAUAGGCACGCUGCAUGCAUUCCUUCGACACCUGCCGAUUCCUUCCCGUCCACCGCAAAGGAGAUUGCGUCUUGCCAAGUCGUCGAGGCAAGCUCCCAGCCCUGCAACUGUCUUCGAUGUUGAUGAAGUAUUCGCUAUCCCGCCAUCUAAAGUGUACUCGGCGUCCACUGAGAAAGAGGGUCGUGAAAGUCGUGGCAUGGUCCUCUGCGGGCUCGUCCGCCAUGGCAGCAUCUCGAUUGGCGACGAGAUGACCAUUGGUCCAAUAUUAGUCGACACUUCUGCGGACAGUGGCAGUGAACCUGCGCCUUUGAGCCUGCUCUCUCGUAGUAGUGGACCGGGACCAUCGAGCGAAUUCCCAGCCUCUUUGUCACACGGCUUUCUCUCGGGAAAGGAUGCCUCGACGCAGGCAAAAUGGCAGCGCGUUCGCGUAGUUAGUGUAAGAGAUCUCAGACUACCCGUCCGCUGCCUCAAAGAAGACCAAGUCGGAACGAUAGGCAUCGAACUUCUCGCAUCGCCGGAUGAGGGACGCUUACCUCGGCUCGGCCGAAUACGAAAGGGCAUGGUGCUAACAGACCUGCACACGUCUCUGCGUCCGAGAAGUUCCCUCCCAUCCCCUCUGCCAUCGACAUUGCCCCUGCCAUUCCACACGGGUUUCACAGCGACAUUCCCGGCAGCCGAAUUCUCAGCCCCGAAUUCGCCGCCGUUACUCCUGGGCGGGAACGCAAUCGCUUAUAUCGCGAAUAUCAGAACGACUGUUCGUGUUGUAUGCAUGGCUCUCGCAGGAGCAGGCGAUGAGCCAGCCUCCCCGUCCCCCUCACCAUCCCUAUCUCCCACUGAGCCUGAAUUCUUCAGCUUUGACGGUGACACGCAGUCCUCGCCUCCGUCUGGAAAGGACAAAGGCAGCAGUGCCAAUGGCACGAAUGACAUUGACGGGUCUAUACGGCGGCGCUCGUCUGCCACCGAUAUCAGUAAGGUAGUCUCCGGGACCUCGGGUGAAGGACCAGGUGCGUCUGAAACAUUCGAAGGGGACGUCAAGAUUACCUUCGGUCUGGUGACAUCUGUCGAGUGGAUCGAGCUCGGCUCGCAAGUCCUAGUCAUGCCGGGUAUGUCGAUGACAGCUCCCUCUGGAGUCGCGGUGGCGCUGGCUCCCGGAUCUAGCGCUGGUAAUAGCAACGGGAAUGGGAUAAUAUCGCUGUCCGGGUUGGAAGGGUUUGUCGGAACCGUGUGUGAGGUAGUCCCUGGCAGAUCUGUGGGCAGCGAGAGUUGA